CAACUAUUGACAGUGAUGGUCCUACUAGUCUGUUUGGUGACCUGGGCUUUCACUCUGCCAGUAACAGGGAGCCCUUAGGAGAGUCCUGGCCCUUGAAGCCUUCCUUCACCUGAUGACCCCACUGUGAGCCAAAGGCAAGGCCCAAACCACAGAUGAGCAGCCGAGCCACUAGACCCCGCAGCCGGCGGGGGAGGGCACCACCCCCAGUAGAGCUGGACCCCGUGGUGGAGAGCAGUGAAGAGGCUGAAGCAGCAGGAAGCAGCGUUGGGCCCGAGCAGGCCUCCAGGCCCCAGGAAGAGUCACUGGCAGAGCACCUGGUCAGCACCGUGGAGCCGAGCAACCAAGGCGACUGUCUACGGCUGGACACCCACGGGGAUGGGCAGAUAGAAGCAGAGCCCAGCAGCCAUCUGACUUCUGGAAAGCCUCCCAGGAUGCCCGCCUCACUCCCUUCUCUGUUCCACCAGCCCUCAGGGGAGGAUGCCCAGGAAGGUCAAGGCCCCGACCUGUACCUGGCCCUGCAGCAAGCGGUUGAGUCCUUGGAGAAGGCGGCAGCCACUUAUCACCAACAGGCCUCCAGCCACCCAGUCUCAACUCCUCUCGGCCCAGAGGAGCAAGGCAAGACUGAGGAGGACAGACCAUGGCCUCUGCAAAGACUGGAGGAGUUGGUCAGGGGCUGGGGCCCUGUAGGACAAGAGGAGGGGAUGCCUGAGGAGGAGAGAGUCCGCUACAAGCAGGAGGCUCUGAGCCUGACCGAGCAGAAUGCCAGCCUUCGGGCUUCCCUGAAGAGCAAGGAAGAGGAGUUAGCCCAGGAGCAGGCCUCCCUCCAGGCCUUUCAGCAUGAGAAGGAGAAGUUACAGAGACAGGUCUGGGAGCUGCAUGAAUCUCUACUGAAGCUGGACUUGUCUCCAGCACUCCCCCUUAGCCAGGACAGCUCUAUGAGCAGAUCCAGCAGUCCAGGGCCAGAGGGGGAGCUCUGGGGGGCCCAGCGACUCCAGAGUAUUUCCAGCCCUGUUAUCCCAGCACCCCUGACACCAGAGCUACAGGACCUGGAGGCUCAAAUGGAACAACUCCGGAGGACCGUUCAGAGGCUAAAAUGCUUCAACCAGAUGCUAUUGGGGGCCCUGAAAUCCUGCAAGGGCCACUCAGAGGGGCUGAGCAUGCAGCUGGGUCAGAGGGAGGCCGAGACUACUGCCCUGUGCCUAGCCCUGCAAUACAGCAGUGAGCAGUGCGUGGAGGCCUAUGGGGUGCUCUUGGCCCUCCGGACAGUGGACAAAAGGGCUGUACCAGGCCCACAGGCCAGAGAAGGCAGGACAGAGUCAGCCAUGGCAGCGGCACAACGGCUUUUGUCUGAGGAAGACCCCGCAGAGGCUGGUGUCCUGGCUCAUGUCUAUUCAAGCCCCGAGGGCAGCAGCGUAGAUGCCCCCACAGAACUGGAAGUGGCAGCACUCCUACAGGGUUAUAUUGGGAGGCUCCGGGCACACCAAGCCCUGGUGAAGGUGCCCCCUGAGUCAAAGCCCAGACCAGACCACGGACCCAGUGUGCCCCGGGAGGAAGCCAUGCUCCAGGCGAUGCUGGGGGCUCAGCCUGACCUGGAGCUGCCAAGGCUGGAAAAGACGAUUCAGCAAGAGCUGGCCACCAUGAGGGAGGCCCUGCUGGACCUGACACUGAAGCUGCAGCUGGUGAAGAAGGAGAAGCGGGCACUGGAGCUGAGAGAUGCAGCCCACCGGGCACAGGGCACCCUCUACCUUCUGCUCCUGGAGCAGCUUCAGUGGCAGCUGGGCCAGGGCAGAGCCCACGAGAUCCUCAGCUCGGGGAGCAGUGACAGCGACAGCGACAGCAGCUGUGGAGCAUGGGCUCCUGGAGAUGGGGACCAGACCGCCUGGCCAGGGGGCCCCCGGGACUCAGAGAACAUGCUGCAGGAGCUCACCAAUUCCCUGACUCGGGCCCAGGAGCUACAAGAACAACUGAGGAAGCUACAGGCUUCACUGGAACAGAUGGCCCAGGAUGAGCGGGCCCAGCGAGCCCAGUGCUUGGAGCUUACCAAUGACUUCUACAAGGUCCAUAGUGCCCUGGUGCUAGCCUUCCGGGGGGUCCAACAGAAGCAGCAGCAGCAGCAGCAGACCCUGGACCAGCAGAUAGCGCAGAUGGCGGCCCAUCAGGAGGAGGAGCUGGAGUCCUUGGCCCAAGCCGCCCAGGCUCUGGGGGACUCUGAAAUCCUCAUGCCCUGGGGAGAGACUUCUCUCUAGACGCCAGCCUCUUUCUCCCUAGCCCACGCUCAACCCUCUGUCUAAUCACCAGCAUCCCUUGUUGUGUCCACCCCACCUACUCUGUGCCCCCCAAAAAAGCAAUUCUAGCCAGGACUUUCUCCACCAAACCCUGCUACCCCUCUGGGGAGGAGGGGCUGGGGGGCAUAGACAGGCUGGGCUCCCUUCUGAUAAGAGCAUAUGACUGAGCUAGAAGAGACCUGGGAGCUUUUUUCUUACAGAUGAGAAAACCAAGGCCCUGCCUCUUUGGACUAGGGUCCAUCUACAGGUGGCACUCCCUGUGUCUGCUGUCACUCCUGGCUGGGUCUGGGAUCAUCUGUGGAGCUGCAGAGUGGCAGGGCCAAUCAGGCCCUGGCCCCUCCAUCUCUCUAACAAGUCCAUGCCUGCCCAUCUGGCCUCCUUUCAGACUCUUUCCUCCCUCCUCAGGCUCCCCUUCUCUGGACUCUAGCCUAGACCCUCUGUGGACAUGAGCCUGGGUCCUCUCUGUCAGAAUCUGGUAUUGAACUGGCACACACCAAUGUCCACCUAGAGAGAGGUUGGCCUCGAUUUCCCAGUCACCUGGUACUGUCACUGUUUUGGAGUAGGGUUUGCUCAGGCUCCGUUCUGCCCCCUCCCUGCCCACCAGCUGGUGCUCCCGCAAAUGAGGCCACCGCUCAGGCCUGAGGAGCAGAUGGAUGAGGAGGAGGGUCCAGGGCUUACUGAGCAGACCCAGAGAGGAGAAAACAUCUUAAAAGGCCAAGGAAAAAUGAAAAAAGUAUCAAGGCUUGUUGGGUCCCUUUUCCAGGGUUGGCAGAACCCACUUUCCUUUAGAGCAGGAAAAAGCAUAGGGCUUCUCCACUGCUCCUCUCAACCACCAAAAGAAGCCAAGAACCCAGGUCUCCCCAGGCAUUUUCUCUACAAAAGGCUGGAUUCUGCUUCCAGAGCUGACCCCCCUACCAAGUCUUCCCCUUCUAUUGCUUGGCCCCUCUUUAGAGAUGAUGUUGUUCCUACUCUUUCUUUGAGGUUCCCCGCCCCAGCUUUCCCCUCUCCACCCUUUCCCUCUCAGGCUCUGUCUGGCUAAGCUAUGGGGUACCUCUCCAGAGUCAGCUGCACCAGAAUCCCUGAGGGGUAAGACUGCUCUAAUGAAG